AUGACUGUGAGACACAAAUCCGGAACCGCAAAAGGCUCACUGUUCAAGUACCAGGACCAGCUGCCAUCGCUGCCGGUGCCGUCUCUCAGCAAGACGCUCGAGCGGUACAAAAAGUCCAUCCAACCGUACUAUAUGCGCGGAGCAAGCGACCCUUAUCUGCGGUACUGCUCUGUGAUCGACGACUUUGCGAAGACACAGGGCCCGAAGCUCCAGCAGAAGCUCGAGCAGUUUGCCGCGGACAAGCGCAACUGGCUCUCGCAUUGGUGGGACGAUUAUGCGUAUCUUACUUAUAGGGACCCUGUGUCACCGUUUGUGUCCUAUUUUUUUCACCACAAGGAGCUCAAUUCCAAAAUUGGCAAGGACCAGGUCACCAAGGCGGCAUGUCUUGCAUCAAAGACGCUGGAGUUCAUGGAGGCCAUCGAGACACAAACUCUGGAGCCCGAGCUGAUCAAGAACAACCCAUUUUGUAUGGAAAGCUUCAAGUGGAUGUUUAACAACUGCAGAGUGCCGGAGCCAGACAGAGACACAAACCCACGCUUCAGUCCCGAGCAAAACAGAUAUAUGAUUGUUAUUGCAAACAACAGGUUUUACAAGCUGUUGCACCAUGUGGACGGAGAGCGCGUCGGGCUAGCAGAUCUCGCCGCCAACAUACAGGCCAUCAGGACACACGCAGACACGCUGCCUCCGGUGAAGAAUGCGGUCGGCGUGCUCACAUCCACCGACCGUGAUGUGUGGGCCACAAACUAUGCAGAGCUUGUGAAAAACCCGGUUAACAGGCAGUCGUUGCAGGCAAUUCAGGCGUCGUCGUUCGUGCUCUGUCUCGACGACGAUUAUCCAAUGACGAUCGAGCAGCAGUCGCGCAACGCGUGGCACGGAAACGGAACCAACAGAUGGUUCGACAAGCCGGUGCAAUUCUUCGUUUCUCGAAACGGCACAUCAGGGUUCCUUGGUGAGCACUCCAAGAUGGACGGCACUCCGACUCUGAGGAUGAACGACUGGCUCGUGCGCGAGCUGGAAAAGAUGCAGCCUCCGGAGGAGACGUACAGCACACAGCUCUUCCGAGAACUACAGUUCGACGUGUCGGCAAAAACACAGACCGCUAUUGAGAACGCCAAGGCAAGUUUUGACAAUACUGUCAACGCAUUGGACCUGCGAGUGUGGCAGUUCCACGGGCUGGGAAAAUCGCAGAUCAAGUUGUUCAAGGCGUCUCCCGACGCGUUCAUCCAAAUGCUCAUUCAGUUGGCCUAUUACAAGUACACGGGCACUGUGAGACCCACUUAUGAGUCUGCGUCCACGAGAAAGUAUUUUGCAGGCCGCACAGAAACGUGCCGGUCGGUCUCCAACGAGUCGUUGCAUUUUGUGAGAACAUGGGAGGACGUUUCGACUACUAAGGAACAGAAAAUCGCGGCCUUCCGCGACGCUGUGUCUGCGCACGUCGAGUAUAUCACUGCUGCCUCUGAUGGUCGCGGAGUCGACAGACAUCUGUUUGGUCUUUCGCAAAUGUGUGAAGAGGAGAAACACGACUUUUUCAAAGAUCCUAUCUUUGCAUACUCCUCGUAUUGGUACCUGUCAACUUCUCAACUCAGUUCGGAACAGUUCAACGGGUACGGCUGGGCGCCAGUCGUGCCAGAGGGUCUUGGCCUUGCCUACAUGGUAAACAACGAUUGGCUGCAUGUGAACGUGACAGUGUUCAAAAACAACCAGCUAGGGCUCGAGGCCGACAAGAUGGCAUAUUACCUUGGUUUGGCAGCCCGCGAGCUCAAAGAGACGCUCACGAGCGAGACCAUCAAGGCCAAGCUCUAG